UGGAUUUUCUCUUGAAACAAUUAUACAUAUUUUCAGUGGAUUUUGUGUAAACUAUAACCAACAAAGGAAAAUGAGUGAAAAUAUUAAAGUUGUUGUUCGAUGUCGUCCGAUGAACCAAACUGAAAAAAAAGGAAACUGUCAAAACAUUGUUGAAAUUGAUGAAUUUACAGUUUCCGUGACUAAUCCAUCAGCUCGCCGAUCUCAACAAAAAAAAUUCAUAUUUGAUAGUGUUUAUAAUAUGAAAACUAAUACGGAAGUGAUUUACGACGAGAUGUGUUAUUCGUUAGUAGAGAGUGCAAUCGAAGGAUAUAAUGGAACCAUUUUUGCUUACGGUCAAACAGGUUGUGGAAAAACACACACAAUGCAGGGCGACGAAAAUUUAAGCAACAGUGGAAUAAUUCCCAAAUGUUUUGAUCACAUAUUUGAAACGAUAUCAAUGACAACAAAUGUCAGAUAUUUGGCAUUAGUAACGUAUUUGGAAAUUUACAAUGAACGUAUUCGAGAUUUACUUAAUAAAAAUGAAAAUACGAGUGUGAUAAAUCAUUCCCUGAAGGAACUGCCAGGUAUUGGUGUUUCCGUUCCAACGCUUACCACGCAACCUGUUGUUAAUGCAAACCAAUGUUACGAUUGGCUACAUUUUGGAAAUAAAAAUCGAGUAACUGCAGCUACAUUAAUGAAUAAGAAUAGCUCACGAUCCCACACUAUAUUUACCAUCACUUUGGAACAGUCUCCAUUUUUUAAUAGUAUUGGAUUGGAGGAUGCCUUUGGAGGAAUACGUAGAGGAAAACUAAGCUUAGUAGACCUAGCAGGCUCUGAGAGGCAGCGAAGGACUGGUGCUAAAGGAGACCGACUUAAGGAAGCGUCCCAAAUAAACUUAUCACUUUCUGCAUUAGGCAACGUUAUUUCAUCUUUGGUUGAUGGUAAAGCAAAGCAUGUACCCUUUAGGGACUCAAAACUUACACGCCUGCUCCAGGAUUCCUUAGGAGGAAAUACAAAAACCCUUAUGAUAUCAUGUAUAUCACCAACAGACAUAAAUUAUGAUGAAACCAUAUCUACACUUCGAUAUGCAAGUAGAGCAAAGAAUAUUUCAAAUAAACCUAAAAUUAAUGAAGAUCCAAAGGAUGCAACACUUCGACUGUACCAAAAUGAAAUUCUAUAUUUGAAAAGAAUGCUUCAAGAGAGUCAACAAAUCCUUUAUAGAAAUAAUGAUACAAAUAAAAUAAUAGAAUCACCACUAAAAAUUAUACAACAUACAAAUAUGAAUUCUACAAAAAGUGUUCAAAUAAUAGAAUCAGGUCAAAAUUGUAACGCAUCCUUUAAAACAAAUAACUCUAUAUCAACAAACCCAAAUUUCCCUUUAAUUCAAUCGGAAGGAGAAAUACAACUCCAAGCGCAAAGUCGAAUCGAUCUAAUAAAGCGCACUUUAAUUGGUGGUGAACGUAUCCAUGAUUUUAAGCUUAAAAAAAAGCACAUGGCAAUAGCUAAUGCCUUAAGUAGAGUGAAAUGUGAAGAUCGCAACCUUUUGCAGGGCCAUUAUGCCAGUAUUACACAAGAAAUCGAUGCAAAAAAUGAAUAUAUUAGAAAGUGCAAAGAGAAAAUUAAAAUGCUUGAAGUAGAAGUUUCCGAUUUAAAUUCAGAAUUUCAGCUUGAUAGAGAGGAUUAUUUGGAGGAAAUUCGCAACCUUGGACGUCAAGUAAAGUUCCAUCAACAACUUUUUUGUAAAGGUUCUUCAAAUCCCAAAAAAUUUGACCGGAAUUGGACUCCAGACACUAUUUUGCAAAAUUCUUUAUGGAAUGAUGAUAUUAAAAUGUGGAGAAUCCCAGAGUCCGAUUUAUUAAAACUUCCUCCGGCUACACUCAAAUCUGGACUUCACUGUAUUCAUCCUUUAGUGAUCGAUAGUAAAAAUCAGCAUAACCAAAAUGAAAUUUUAGAAGGAGAAAGAAAGAAAACCUCAAGCCUGUCCAAGGAAAAAUACAACACAAAUGUUCAAAAAAACUACUUUCGGACAAACCGACACAAAAAUAAAAAUUUCGGAGACAUCGGAAACACUGUACAUCUGUUGGAUUACUAAAUUAUAUUACAGAAAGUAAAUAGAAGUCGCAUCUAUAUCGUCAAAAUAACGUAAAAAGAAUUCACAAAUUCUGUAACACGAUGGGUGGGUUACAACAAAGACACUAUAACACUUUGGUUACAAAGUGUCGCUCAACUAAAUAGGUUUGGAAAACCUAUCUCAAAGUUUGUCCUCUCACAUUGUUUCAAAUGUAUUUUUUCCGUUCUUUCCUAUAUUAUUUUGAUCGUUUAUUUGUUUUCUUAUAAUAUGCAAGAAAAAAGUAGAGGGACAAAUGAAAUGUAAAUUCAAAAUUUGGAUUUUAAAGUAAAAUUCGCUAAAAAUCCCUUUGAUUUUUGUCUCAUCUGAAUAGGUCUUUAGAGUUUGGACUUUCUUUCUUUGACCGCGCCAUUGAAAAGAGUUUAAAUAUUCUAGAAUGUUAGGCAUUUGUAAUCAGUUUUUUGGUCUAAUUAUUUGAGAUUGAAAUUUAAAAAAAAAAGAAGAGAAAACGCUAUAGACGUGUUCCUCGACUAUCAGGUGUACCCGAUACUCAACUUGCCAUUUUUUUGGCAAAUCGAAGCAAAAAGUGUUUGUCAAAUAUAUAUAUAUAAUUUUAGGCGGUUUGUGUGUUGAGUAAUAGUGUGGAGAGCCAUUUAUUUGUAUGUAACAUUCGAGCUCCAAUUUGUCUCACCUUGGAGAUGAAGACCAGAUUCCAAAGGCUAUUCCCCAAAUUCGAAGAUUUAUGGUUAUCCAAUUGGCUCGGGUUGUAAAACAGUGCAUUAAGGAUCAACACGGAUGCAAAAGAGUGUCCUGUAUUAUUUUAAAUACCCAGUUCUUUGAUGUUUUACUUUAGAAAAUUAUUAAGUACUGUUUAAUAGUUCAAGUGGCCAAACCUAUUUAGAUGACCCAAAGACAAUGGAGAUGCUUUGCUGUUGUAGGAAAUAUAAUAAUAAUAACAUAAGGACACAAAUAACAGAAUAUAUUCUAUUAAAUAAAUGACAUUUCUUUUUUUCAAAAAAUAAU